AUGCAAAAACCUGAACCAAAUGAAAUUCAACAUGACUACAUAGGCCCCCCCGAUAAAGAUUCAAAUAUUCGUCCUUUCGUGCGAUGUAUCCGACCAGGAGAAACUAGUACUGAGAGGAUAUUAAGAAUGAAACGUAUUGAAGUUGAAGAAUGGAAUCAUUCGUUUUGGGCACGGCAUAAUAAGCGAUUCUACGAAGAAAAACAGGAUUUUAUUCAAGCACACAAUUUAUCCGGAUUUCAAGAUAUAUCGGCGGAUAAGAUGAGUGAAUUUUAUAAAUCUUUUUUGGACAAAAACAGAAAGUUGCACGUUCUCUACAACUUUUCUUGGUAUUUUAAAAAUUUUGAAAUACUAAUUUUAUCGUUCCAAGCAGAGUUAAUA